GUCGCCGUCGAUGGCGUGAGCGAUCCAGACGAUGGCAUCAACAUGAGAGUGGGUCAUCUUACAAUACGUCGACACGGCAGACAGCCGAGUGUCGGCCCAAAUGACAUGCAACAGCUUUAGCACAACCCAACAAGUUGGCUCUGCGACGCGUGGUAUCUGUUCAUUUCUCUACAGAAAUGCUGUGACCACGGCAACAUUCCGUUCCGUCGAAGCAAGAGGGCCGAGAUUGACAGCUGCAUCAGAAGUGGGACGCGGAACAGUAAGGCGAGACCUGGAUAGGUAAGCCGGGAUCAAUGAGGGGCGAUAUGUAAUUUUUCUUCCAGAAUGGCUCUUGUCUUGUUUGCCGUACAGCCGUAGCUGUUGCUUGAGAAUGUGAAAAAGGUUCCUGUUGCCAUGUUCACCUUGCCGUUCGACGUACUGCUCCCGAAUCGAUGUCAGGGAGAUCAAGUCGAACCGCUCUGGCCUUGAGAAUUUGCAACGAUGGACGAGAAGAACGUCAACGCGGUGGCCAAGAGCCCAGAAAGCCAGAGUGAUGGCGAAAAUCCAGAUAUAGACUGGACGCCGGAGGAAGAGCGUCGGCUGGUGCGAAAAAUCGAUUUCAUUAUCAUGCCGUUGUUGAUCCUCGCUUUUUUUGCCCUGCAGCUCGACCGUGGCAACAUUGGCAACGCCUUGACGGAUUACUUUCUUAAAGAUAUUGGAAUUACUCAGAACCAGUUCAAUGUUGGCCAGCAGUUGUUAUCUGCAGGGAUCGUCAUUCUGGAAAUACCUAGUAAUCUAGUUCUGUACCGCAUUGGACCGACGCUCUGGAUUGGAGGUCAGAUCGUGGCCUGGGGAUUGGUUGCGACUUUUCAAGCAUUUCAAAAAGGGCUAGGAGCAUACAUGGCAACUCGCAUUCUCCUUGGCCUUUGCGAGGCAGGUUUCAUUCCUGCAGCUCUCUUCACUAUGACGAGAUGGUACAAGAGGGACGAAACGAGCAAGAGGUUCUCGUGGUUCUUCAUUGGCAACAUGCUAGCUGCCGCCUGUUCAGGCCUCAUAGCGUACGGGAUUCUGCACAUGAGAGGUAUCGCGGGACUUGCGGGGUGGCAAUGGCUUUUCAUUCUUGAGGGAAUUUUCACAAUUUUAGUCGGAAUCGCCUUUUUCGCUUGCUUUCCCAACCAAGUCAACAACCCAGUUUCGAUGCUUGGCUUUCGCUAUUUCUCCGAUCGAGAAGCCGAAAUCUUACACAGGAGAGUCAUGAUCGAUGACCCUUCCAAGGCUCACUCGAAACGCUCAGUCAGCUGGCCAGAGCUGAAAUCCGCGUUGACGAAUUGGAGACUUGUUCCGCACGUUGUUUUCACCAUCGCUGCUCUGGCGCCAUCUUCGACUCUGUCGUCUUAUGCGCCGUCUCUUGUGAACUCUAUGGGAUUUGAAAGGUUGGAAUCCAAUGCCAUGGUUUCAGUUGGCGCUUGGCUCUUGAUACCAAUUAACCUCCAACUUCCCUCUCGCCUAAUUUUUCUUGGCAUCUGCUGUUAG